AGAAUAAAUCCCAAGCCAACAGAAGAAACGUUGUCAUUGCUCUGCUCUUGGAAACAUACAUAUUAUGACUCACUUCCUGGUCUGACCUUGCAACCACUGCUCUGCCAGCAUGUGAUCAAAGAAGAUGUGAAACUCCCAGCUCAUCUCAGCCAAGCAGAGUGAUGUUGUACAUAAAACUGUAACAACUACUCUGAGUUUCAGGGAAUGAGCAGCCAUGAUGUGGAUUACUUUUAUGUUCCUUACACUCGGCUGCAUUUCUACAUCCCAAGCUGCUGACGACUGUAGAAAUGUCAUCCCUGAGUGUCAACAAGAUCCUGCAACUUGGACCGGGUGUUAUGAGGACAGAAUUACUACCUGUGAUCAGAGAGGCCGUAAUCAAGGUGUCUUUCGACAGCAGAUGAAUUCUUCACAAGAGGUUGAAGUAAACCCAACAAAGAAUCACAGAGUUUGCAUCCCGUCUUCGGCUCUUCGCGAAAGCAGAGGAGAUCUGCACAAGGAGGAGGUCCUGGUGGUGGUCACUACAAUUAACAGCACUUAUUUUAAGCAGAGCAUCCCUCGGGGUAGAAGACGGAUGGAACAACCCCACCAGCCGGUCCGCAAGAUUUUAGGGGAGCUGGUCCUGGUUGUGAAGGCAGGAAACAGUCCAGUCGCAAACCUUUCUCAACCUGUAAAGUUAUUCUUCAAACAUGAGAAAAUGGUGGAAAAUGGAGACUGUGUGUUUUGGCAGGAGUCAGGGGCUGAAGAUGGAACAGGUCACUGGAGCACAAAUGGCUGUACCACCAAUAAAACUGAUGAAGAAUUUAUUUGCAGCUGUUCUCACCUGAGCUUUUUCGCUGUGCUUGUGAACCCGGCCUUAUCGGUGGAUGAGAAAAAUGCUGUUAAUCUUAGUUAUAUCACCUACGUCGGGUCAGCUCUGUCCGUGCUCUUCGCAUUCAUCAGCUUAUUCAUCUACAUUGGUCUGCACCGACGGCGUCCUGAGAAGGCCAUUGGCAUGCAUAUGCAGCUAACAGGGGCGUUGCUCUGCCUCCACCUGGGCUUCCUGCUCAGCAGUCUCUGGGUUUUGAUGCUUGGUGAAAAGGAGGACAGCUGGGUCUGCCGAGGUCUGGGUCUCUUUUUACACUGGUCUCUGCUGGCCACCUUCACCUGGAUAGCUCUGGAGGGAUUCCACCUUUACCUUCUCCUUGUUCGAGUCUUUAACAUCUACGUCCACAGAUACCUGCUGAAACUCAGCAUGGUGGGAUGGGGUCUUCCUACAGUGGUUGCAGUGGUGUGUGGGAUUUCAGGGGUUUAUGGCAAAUACACUCUGGAGUUUAAGGAUUCUAUCAAUCGUACUUCAACAUCAAAAAUAUGCUGGAUGAGCAGCGACUUCCCACAGAGGCUUUUAGUCGGCUACAUCACCAUGGCCUUCCUCUGCCUUGUAAUACUGUAUAAUUCCUGCAUGCUGGGGCUGGUGGUGUUUAAGCUCUGGAGGAUCAGAGCUGGUAGAGGAGGCUAUGAAAGCAGCAGUGACUGGAAGAAGAUGCAGAAAGAGAAAGGGCCCCGGCUGUGGAAGGACUGUGCCACAGUGCUGGGCCUCAGCUGGGUGCUGGGGUUGCCGUGGGGAGUUGCCAGCAGCACGUACCUGAACGUUCCCUUACCCGGGAUUUACCUGUUCACAAUACUCAACUCCCUGCAGGGAUUUAUUAUGUUCCUGUGGUCGGUGGCGUUGUCCUUCAAGUCUCGAUCUGACAGCAACUCAUCCACCAGAGACCCUUCCUCUCAGAAAAUGAUGACUUCCAGUUUUAAAAAGUGAUAUUUGCAGGAAAUCCAUUACCUAUAUUAGGCUCUGUACGAUCCCCUUGUGGGGUCAGGCAAUCCAGGUUGGGGACCACCGCUCUAGGAAUGGGGCUUGAAGGAUAUUUACAGUAUAACAGCUGUUUCUAGGACUACGCUCUUCUUCUUCUUACUGACUUCCUGAUGGUGUUCUGAGGAUCUAUUGGAGGUUGUGUCUUGUUUGAAGGUGAUGGAUUCGAGUGCUCUUAACACCACCGGCACCAGUGUCACCUUUACCCCGCAUCCUUUCAACUCCCUGCUUUGGCCCUUGGUAUUUCUCCAGCUUCUUGUGUUUCCUCUUCGUGAUGCUGCCAUCAUUCGUGAACGCUACAUCUAUCACUGCUGCCUUCUUCUGCAGUUUGUCAACCACCACAGUCUCCGUUUGGUUAGUGUUACGGCCGCAGGCUUUCCACCCGCAAUGACUGAUUGACUAGUAAUCACCAGUAAUCAUGAAGAUUGGCAGUGGGAUCUCCUCUGGGAUCUGCCCUCCCUACACCAGGAUUGGUCUAUACGCGCCCCAGUUCCGGAGUGGCUGACCAAUCGGAGAGAGAGCUCCUAUAACCCUGCAUCGACUGUGGCCAGUGGGACACAGUUUGCCAGCCUGGGAGUGAUUUGAGUCUUGUGUGGUAUCAGUUUUGGUUUGAGUUUGUUUUGUAUUCCGCCUAUGUGCAUGUAGCCCGUUUUUGGGACAUUUUCAGUUCUAUUUUGUCUUGUAAUCAAAUAUAGUGAUUGUCAAUCCUUUAAGGGACAGUUUUAGUUCUGUUUGUUGUUUUUGGGUUUUGAAGAGAGUUUUUUCAUAGUCUGUAUUGGAAUAAGUAUUUAUUUGUUUUGAGAACCCUUUUUGUUUUUUGUUUUGAGCAAAUAAAUUGUGAUCUUUUAUUUUA